AAGGAGCUGCCCGCUCUAGCCGCGCCUGCCUCAGCGCGCCGAGCCGCACCAUGCCCCGCAUAGAUGCAGACCUCAAGCUGGACUUUAAGGAUGUCCUGCUCCGACCCAAGCGAAGCAGCCUCAGGAGCCGAGCCGAGGUACUGCUCGUUGGCAUUUCGGCAUCUUUUUGGAAGACACAUUGCAAACCAGCCUCUGUAAAUUUUGCUCUGUAAAAUCAGAGGGUGUGAGUAGAAUUGUUCUUCACGAAUCACCUAGGGAGACACUCCAAAAUGCACAUCUUGGCACAAAGGUUUUCACGAAGUUUGGAGCACCAUGAGCAUGCGUAUUUUGGAAAUCGUCCUACAACGAUUCUGAUGUGCACACAGAUGCUGUGGGCCGGCUGCGGGAGUCUUUUCUGUUUGUGGAACCCUGGGGCUCUCCGGUACUGCACAGCUGCACCGGCAUCUCCAGAUCCUGCCAACCGGUGUGAAGCCUGCAGGGGACAGAACCUUCGGAAAGCUGGGCUGGGGCCCAUCAAGCCUUGCCCUGAAAAUACAAUAUCAUUCUCACCCCUUGGUCAGACAUGAACUUCUUCCACACUUUUGAGCCACUAGGACUGUAAAGAUAAGAGGGAUUGUCCCUGUAGACUUACCAUUUACAGGUGGAUCUCGAGCGAACCUUCACAUUUCGAAAUUCGAAGCAGACCUACUCAGGGAUUCCCAUCAUUGUGGCCAACAUGGAUACCGUGGGGACAUUCGAGAUGGCAGUGGUGAUGUCACAGCACUCCAUGUUUACAGCCAUUCAUAAACACUACACCUUGGACGACUGGAAGUUCUUCGCGGCUCACCACCCAGAAUGUCUGCAGCAUGUAGCCGUGAGUUCGGGCAGUGGGAAGAGCGAUCUGGAAAAGAUGAGCGACAUCUUGGAAGCGGUGCCGCAGGUCAAGUUCAUAUGCCUGGAUGUGGCCAACGGGUAUUCAGAACAUUUUGUGGAGUUCGUGAAGCUGGUGCGUGCCAGAUUUCCAGAGCACACCAUUAUGGCAGGGAACGUGGUAACAGGGGAGAUGGUGGAAGAGCUUAUCCUUUCUGGAGCAGACAUAAUUAAAGUGGGCGUUGGACCAGAACAUCGGUGGUCCUUCCAUCGUCGCUGUGCCCCCCAGCCCCCAGCCCUGGCAGGGCUCUCUAUUAGAACAGACUCAACCAGAAAGGGUUCUGUGUGCACCACCCGCACCAAGACGGGGGUGGGCUACCCCCAGCUCAGUGCAGUGAUCGAGUGCGCCGACUCUGCCCAUGGCCUGAAGGGGCACAUCAUCUCCGACGGAGGCUGCACGUGUCCAGGAGAUGUCGCCAAAGCCUUUGGAGCUGGAGCGGAUUUUGUCAUGCUGGGAGGGAUGUUUUCAGGCCACACGGAGUGUGCCGGAGAGGUGAUUGAGAAGAACGGGCAGAAGCUCAAGCUGUUCUAUGGGAUGAGCUCCGAAACAGCAAUGAGGAAGCAUGCGGGAGGGGUUGCGGAAUACAGAGCCUCUGAGGGCAAGACUGUGGAAGUGCCUUACAAGGGGGAUGUAGAAAACACGAUUCUGGAUAUUCUUGGGGGACUGAGGUCUACCUGCACUUACGUGGGGGCCGCCAAACUCAAAGAGCUCAGCAGGAGGGCGACGUUCAUCCGGGUGACCCAACAGCACAACACCGUGUUCAGCUAACCAUGGGGAUGAGGUGACGGCCUGGCUCGUGGAAGCUUCUUGUGCACCUGCUUUCCCGCCGCCCUCCUGUUACAUCCGAGUUUCUGGCCGCUCCCGAAUGGUGGACUACUGCCUCCUGCUCCCCUCCCCACCCCCCAGAGGCUUUGGGGCUCCCCUAGUGCCUUCGGGGAGGGGAGGCCAGAAGCAGGGCACUGACGGGGACAGUGGUCAGAGCCCAGCUGCCUGGAAGUCAUAACCUCAUUGUUAAAACUAACUCACCUUUUUCUUUCUUCUUCUUCUUUUUCUUUUUUUUUUUUUAAAGAAAAAUGGUUUCACUUUAA